CCUGCUCAGCGCCGGGUCUAUUUUCUCUUCAUUUUGCUCUUAUACUUUACACUACGAACACCAUGUUGUUCCUGCGGACAGGAGGAACGAGAAUACGGUUUCUGUGAUAUUUUUAUUUGGGUGAUUUCUUUCCUGACACAGAGAGAGAGAAAGUGAGAAAGAGCGGUGAGGAGAAACGACCGUUGAAACUUUCGUGCAGUUAACUGUUGAGUUGUGGUCGAGCGGCUACAUUGUUGGAUAAAAAGUCGCAAACGUCGAUUUUUUUCAGACAUACUGGCUGAAAACUCCAGUUUGGAUGGUCGGGAGUGAAUUUACUAAGCGUUUUAAGUCUUUUCGAGUUGUUUUUGAGGUGCUUUUGUUCUCCUCAGUUUGAACAACGAGGCUCCAGUCAUCCAUCUCGGCGAAGAAGUUUACUCAACUCUCGCUACGCUACUCGGUGCUUCUUGUAUCCAAAGAGCUGGAAUUUUUUCACCAGGAUCCAUUUAAAGUGGGUCACAGUCAUGGACAAGUUGGAUUUCGCUUCUGAGGAUUAUUCCUACUGAAUUUUGAUUUCCCUCGACGUGUUUUGAAUGCAGUGUGAGAACUGAACUCGGUGUGUGUGCGUGUGUAUAAUCCGCGGUUACUGAAGGCUACAGUCGUUUCCCUAUAGCAGACCGCGCUGUGUGUGUGUGUGUAAACACCUCGGUUCAGAACCGAGUUUUUAUUAUUAUUGUUAUUAUUAUUAUUUGGGGAGUACAAGAACAACAUCAACAUGCCGCAGCUGAACGGAGGCGGAGGAGACGAGCUCGGAGCCAACGAUGAAAUGAUUUCGUUCAAAGAUGAAGGCGAACAGGAGGAUAAAACAGCCGAGAGUGUUUCUGCAGACAGAGACUUGGACGAUGUGAAAUCCUCCUUAGUGAACGAGUCCGAAAACAACAGCAGCUCGUCCGAUUCUGAGCCUACAGAGAGACGCCCUCAGCCACGGCCAGACAUCGACAGUUACGAAAAAGCCAGAGAGUGUUUCAACGAAGCUUUGAGAAGACAGCAUGAAGGAGGCCUGUUCAAGAGCCCACACUACCCAGGCUACCCAUUCCUAAUGCUUCCCGAUUUGGCCAGCCCUUAUUUGCCCAGUGGAGCUCUGUCUCCUACCGCCAGAACCUAUCUUCAGAUGAAGUGGCCUCUGUUGGACAUCCCCAGCUCAGCUGCAUUAAAGGACUCUAGAUCACCCACACCAGGACAUUUGUCUAACAAGGUUCCUGUGGUGCAGCACGCUCACAUGCACCCCCUCACCCCCCUCAUCACCUACAGUAAUGAUCACUUUUCGCCAGCCACACCUCCCGCACAUCUCUCCCCAGAGAUCCUUGACCUAAAGACAGGUAUUCCCCGAACUCCUCACCCAUCAGAGCUGUCGCCGUACUACCCGCUCUCUCCUGGGGCUGUCGGGCAGAUCCCUCACCCUCUGGGCUGGCUUGUGCCACAGCAAGCACAGCCCAUGUAUUCCAUUCCUCAUGGAGGUUUUCGCCACCCUUACCCAGCACUCGCCAUGAACGCCUCCAUGUCCAGUCUGGUGUCCAGUCGUUUCUCCCCUCACAUGGUGCCUCAUCACCCUCACAGCCUCCAUCAGACGGGAAUCCCACACCCAGCCAUAGUGUCACCCGCCAUCAAACAGGAGCCCAACGGGGAGCUCAGCCCGGCCUCUCACACGAAGUCUCCAGGGCCGCCUAAGAAAGAGGAGGAGAAGAAGCCUCACAUUAAGAAGCCCCUGAACGCCUUCAUGCUCUAUAUGAAGGAGAUGAGGGCCAAAGUGGUGGCCGAGUGCACACUUAAAGAAAGCGCCGCCAUCAACCAGAUCCUGGGCAGAAGGUGGCACUCUCUGUCACGGGAAGAACAGGCCAAAUACUACGAGCUAGCUAGGAAAGAGCGACAGCUGCACUCUCAGCUCUACCCCGGCUGGUCCGCACGGGACAACUAUGGCAAACGGAAGAAGAGGAAGAGAGAUAAUAAGCCUGAGUCUCCAACAGAGGAAUAUUCAGUAAGAAAUAAGAAGCCUUGCGUGCAGUACCUCCCUCAGGAGAAGAUGAUCGACAGCCCAGCGUCUUCUCACGGCAGCAUGCUGGACUCCCCGGCCACGCCCUCCGCCGCCCUGGCGUCGCCCGCGGCACCCGCCCCUACUCAUUCCGAGCAGGCCCAGCCUCUCUCGCUCACCACCAAACCUGAGCGCCAUCACCCUCACUUCUCUCUGAUCUCCAAACCUUCCUCAACAUCUUCAACCUCCUCUUCCUCCUCUUCUUCAUCUGCCUCCUCUGUAUCCUCCUCCUCCUCUCACCCGAGCAUCUCGCUCGCCCUUAGCUCCUCUGCCAGUCAGUCCACUCUACCUCUCCUGUCUCGACCAAUCCCCUUCAGCUCCCUGCACCCCUCCCUCCUGUCCCCGCCCUCGCCGUUUCAGGCCGCCUUGCACUCUCAUCACGCCCUGUUCCAAACACAGCCCCUGUCAUUGGUAACCAAAUCAGCUGACUGAACCUAAAGCAGGUCUCUCUCUCUCUCUCUCUCUCUCUCUCUGAUCUAUAAAUGUGCUGUAUAUUGCUUUUUUUACCUUUUUACACAUAGAUGUCAGGUUCACUUUUUUGAUAAGCGAAAAGGAAAGGAAUAUUAUUGGUCAAUAUUUGAUCACCUGCUUUUCUGUGUCUCUCUAUGAAACAGUGUAUUUUUUUGUAAAUUCUACUUGAACUGGUUUCUUAUUUGAUACAGUUAUCCAGUAAACUCCGUGUAUAAAGAAUACUUGUAUUAAAAACUUCUUUAAUAAGAUAAGAAGGAACAAAAAAAAAUUCUUAAAGCUUACUUGUAAUUAAUGGUAGUUUUGAAGUUUCAAUCAUAGUACAGGCAUUUAUUAGAAGCCUUUGCGACUACCCCUCCAGUUUUGAAAUGUGUGAACUCCAUAAAUAAAACUUGUACAUUGUUUCUAGAA